AUGGAGGACGACCGCGCUGAGGUCGAUCUUGGCAUCGCGGCCGAUAUCGAACAAACACAAGCUGCUGCAGAUAUUGCCGCAGAUCCGGGAUUGAAGCAGCCGAAGAAGCGAUUUGUUGGUCGGAGGACGGCGGCUCAGGCAGCGCAAAGCGGUUCUUGCGGCGGUGAUGCACCAACAGUGAUAAGCGGGGCUGUACAAGGCAAGAAGGAAACCUACACUGCCAAGCCGAAACGGGCGCCUCGUCUGCUCAACCAGGUGCCCCAAGAGUUGCUAGACGACACCGAGCUCAAGGCGGCCAUAAGUCUGCUACCAGCAAACUAUUCUUUCGAGAUACACAAGACUAUUCACAGGAUACGCUCUUUGGGGUCUAAAAGGGUUGCUCUGCAGAUGCCCGAGGGUCUGCUCCUCUUUGCGACCACCAUAUCAGACAUCCUGACGCAGUUCUGCCCGGGCAUUGAGACACUCAUCAUGGGAGACGUGACCUAUGGCGCGUGCUGCAUCGAUGACUACACAGCUCGGGCCCUGGGCUGCGAUCUGCUAGUCCACUAUGCCCAUAGCUGUCUGAUCCCGGUGGAUGUCACAAAGAUCAAGACCUUGUACGUCUUUGUCGACAUCAGUAUUGACACCUCGCACUUGCUGGCAACUUUGGAACGCAACUUCGCCACUCCUCGCACUAUUGCCCUAGUUGGCACUAUUCAGUUCAACGCCACCAUUCACGGCGUGAAGUCUACGCUGGAGAAGGCUGGCUUCACUAUUGUUGUCCCUCAGAUUGCACCUCUUUCCAAAGGCGAAAUCCUGGGUUGCACAUCUCCGGAUCUGACACGACGCCCUGGCGGAGCCGAGACGCCAAUAGAUAUGAUCUUAUAUCUUGGUGAUGGCCGCUUCCAUCUUGAGAGCAUCAUGAUACACAACCCAGACAUUCCCGCCUAUCGUUACGAUCCUUACUCCCGCAAACUCACCCAUGAGGAGUACGGCCAUACAGAGAUGCAGGACCUGCGGCGGCAGGCCAUCCGCACGGCCAAGACAGCUCGCAAGUGGGGGCUUAUUCUCGGCUCACUAGGGAGGCAAGGCAACCCUCAUACGCUAGAGCUUAUUGAGCGCAAAUUGACCGCGCUUGGAGUCCCCUUUGUGAAUCUGCUUCUCAGUGAGAUUUUCCCUGGAAAGUUGGCUGCUAUGAGAGACGUUGAAUGCUGGGUACAAGUUGCCUGCCCCCGUCUGAGUAUAGACUGGGGCUAUGCAUUCCCACGCCCUCUGCUCACUGCCUAUGAAGCCCUGGUGGCUUUAGGUGAGAAAGAAGACUGGGGCAAGGGGAACGUCAGCCUGCGUGGGGUGGCACAUCCCGACUCGGUAGCUCCGCCUGGCCUGUUCGGGAACAUUCUAAUUGAAACCCGCACGAAAAUGUCUCCAGCAGAGGCAGAAACAAAAGGCGCAGGCACAACGCCUUCGCAGGCGCAGCUUUUCGAGGCCAUCGGCGCACAAGUUGACCAAGUCGCAUCGGCAACAACUGGCAGAACACAAGAUGAGGCUGACGACGGCCCACCACCGGUUGAGGAGAUCGAGUCCCUCUGCAUGAACUGCCACGAGAACGGCACUACACGGCUCCUCCUCACCCGCAUCCCCUUCUUCCGCGAGGUCGUCCUCAUGUCGUUCCGAUGCGAGCACUGCGGCUUCCAAAACAGCGAGAUCCAGAACGCGGGCGCCGUUCAGCCGCGCGGUACGCAUGUUGAGCUCCGCCUGACCUCCAUGCAGGACUUUUCUCGACAGGUCGUCAAGGCCGACACGGCGACGGUUAAGUUCAUAGAGUUGGACGUCGAGGUACCGCCGGGUCGUGGCCAGCUCACAAACGUCGAGGGUCUGUUGUCUACCAUUGUGGACGACCUCGAGAACACCCAAGCGGAGCGCAUCGAGAAACAACCCGAGGUGGCGGAGAAGGUUGCAGAGGUCAUCGAAAAGGGACGUAAGAUGCUUGCCGGCGAGUCCUUCCCGUUCCGCGUGUACGUCGACGACCCUGCUGGCAACUCAUGGAUCCAACCGGACCCGCGUGAUGGCGUCGGAAAGUGGGAAAAGCGCGACUUUGUUCGCACAGCGGAGCAGAACGCCGCUCUUGGCUUGGCCGAUACUGCUGAGCCGUCCGGCCCUAGCGGCGUCAUUCCACUCGGCGGUCAGGGUAGGCUCGACGAGAACGACAACAUCAUCCCUGACGAAGUCUACAGCUUCCCGGCCAGCUGCCCCGGCUGCAUGCACCCAUGCGUCACGCACAUGAAGAUGGUUGAUAUCCCCCACUUCAAGCAGGUCGUGCUCAUGAGCACUGUCUGCGACCACUGUGGCUACCGUUCCAACGACAUCAAGACGGGCGGUGCCGUCCCCGAGAAGGGCCGCAAGCUGACACUGCAAGUCAAGUCGGACGUCGACCUGGCCCGUGACAUUCUCAAGUCAGAGAGCUGCGCGCUCGAGUGCCCAGAGCUCAACCUUUCGGUCAACCCGGGCACGCUUGGCGGCCGUUUCACCACCGUCGAGGGUCUGCUCACUCAAGUGCGCAACGACCUCAAGGCCCAGAUAUUCGAGGCUGAUUCUACCCCGAACCCCAGCAACGCCGAGGGCGCCAUCUCGAUGGAAGGCGGUGACUCACUGUCCGCGGAGGACAGGGCGAGGUGGCAGGCAUUUUUCACCGAGCUGGACAAGGCCAUUGCCGGCGAGCGCGAAUUCUCCAUCGUCCUUGCUGACCCGCUAGCCAGCAGUUAUAUUCAGAGUUUGGCUGAUGACCCGAGCAAGCCGGACUCCCAGAUGACAGUUGAAGACUAUGACAGGACGGACGAGGAGGAGGAGGAGUUGGGGCUGAAAGAUAUCAAGGUGGAGGGCUAUGAACAGGACGGCAAGAAGGAGGAGGAUAAAGUUGAGACGGCGGAGACGGCUCCCAGUAGCACCGCUUGA